CAGUGAUGGAUGUUUUUGCCAUUUUCAACUCCAAAUUUUCCAACUUGCUGACUUACGGCAAUGCUCUCCGUCGUCUCCGACAAUUCUUCUCAGCCGCCACCGCCGACUGCACCAACAAUAGCCGCAGAGCAGCAUGAAGAAGAAGAAGAAGCAGAAAAGGGUGGAAGAGGGACGUGGAAGCACGCUGCUUUCCAUGUCGCCACUACGAUUGCCACUCCGGCUGCUUACGCUCCCUUGCCCUUCGCUCUCGCUUCUCUUGGUUGGCCCCUCGGUGUAAGCAGUUUAGUGGGUGCAACAUUGGCAACUUGGUAUUCUAGUCUUCUGAUCGCAUCGUUAUGGAGAUGGAAUGGAAAGAAGCACAUUACAUAUAGAAAACUUGCAGAGAGCAUCUUUGGAUUCUGGGGUUAUUGCUCUAUUGCAUUUUUUCAGCAAGUGGCUUCUGUGGGCAAUAACAUUGCCAUUCAAAUUGCUGCUGGGAGCAGCCUUAAGGCAGUUUACAAAUACUUUCACAAGGAUGGUGACUUAACCUUGCAGCAUUUCAUUAUUUUCUUUGGUGCCUAUGAACUUGUUCUCUCCCAGCUUCCUGAUAUUCACUCAUUGAGAUGGGUAAACGCAUUGUGCACUUUCAGCACUAUUGGGUUUGCUGCUACAACCAUUGGUGUGACGAUUUAUGAUGGUAAAAAGAUUGACAGAAAUGCAGUGAGUUAUAGUCUGCAAGGAAGCUCCUCUGCAAGGACCUUUAAAGCCUUUAAUGCUCUCGGGAUAAUUGCCUUUUCAUUUGGAGAUGCAAUGCUUCCAGAAAUACAGAACACAGUAAGAGAACCUGCAAGGAAGAAUUUGUAUAAGGGUGUAUCAGCAGCAUACACUGUCAUUGUCUUGAGUUACUGGCAAUUGGCCUUUUGUGGAUACUGGGCUUUUGGAUCAGAAGUCCAGCCAUACAUAUUAUCUUCUCUAACUGUUCCUGAAUGGACAAUUGUUAUGGCAAAUCUCUUUGCUGUGAUACAAAUAUCAGGAUGCUAUCAGAUAUAUUGCAGGCCAACAUAUGCCUGGUUUGAGGAAAGAAUGCUGUCCAGUAAAGCUAAAAGCCAUUUCCCUCUGAGAAAUCACCUCGUCCGUCUUAUUUUUACUUCCAUUUACAUGGUCCUUAUUACUGUUAUUGCGGCGGCCAUGCCUUUUUUUGGAGAUUUUGUGUCCAUCUGUGGGGCAAUUGGGUUCACUCCACUGGACUUUGUCUUCCCUGCUGUAGCAUAUUUGAAAGCAGGAAGAAUGCCCAAGAACACCACACUUCGUCUUUCAAUCCAGCUCCUUAAUUUUGCAAUAGCUUCCUGGUUCUCAGUUGUUGCAGUGUUGGGUUGCAUUGGUGCAGUCAGGUUCAUUGUAGAAGAUAUCAAGACUUACAAGUUCUUUCAUGAUAUGUGACUUAUGUACCUCUACACUACACCAUUGUUAUCUCUAUUUCUUUUAUGUUUAGAGCAUACUUGGAAGGGUUA